CCGGCCAGAUGCUGACGUGUCCUUCCCUUCCCCACCACGCCUCCGGGCCCCUCCAGACACCGCGGCCUCCCGCGGCCCCCGGAAGUCCCACCUUUCGGUUCGUGACGUCACGACGAAUCAGCUCUGUCAGUGCCUCCGGGCGCCCACAUCCCGCUACGAGGCCCGGGGGCGGGGCUCCGCCGACAGAGUGUCGAUUGGCUUGGGUUCCGGCGGACCGGACGUUCUGAUUGGGCGGUGGGCGGCAGGUCUCUGGCGCGCUUGCGCGGCGAGUAGAACGUGUGGCGGCGGCCGCUGUAGCGUCUCCCCUUUGCUUCCAGUCCGGGUGCUGGUGGUGCUGUGGACCGAUUCCGUCCGCCUGUCCGUCCCAGCCUCUCGCCCGACAGCCUCGUCGCCGCGCCGGCCGCUCCUCUACACCGCAGCCGAUCUUCCGGAAAACUCUUCUCCUCGAUCCAUGGCCUCAUCCGCGCAGAGCGGCGGCUCCUCUGGGGGACCCGCGCUCCCCACCCUGCAGCGGGGCAUCGUCAAGAUGGUCCUCUCAGGAUGUGCUAUCAUUGUCCGAGGACAGCCACGUGGUGGGCCUCCUCCUGAGAGGCAGAUUAACCUCAGUAACAUUCGUGCUGGAAAUCUUGCUCGUCGGGCUGCAGCAGGACAACCAGAUGCAAAGGAUACACCAGAUGAGCCCUGGGGAUUUCCUGCUCGAGAAUUCCUGCGGAAGAAGCUGAUAGGGAAGGAAGUCUGUUUCACAAUAGAGUACAAGAACCCCCAGGGUCGUGAAUAUGGCAUGGUCUACCUUGGGAAAGAUACAAGUGGGGAAAACAUUGCAGAGUCACUGGUUGCGGAAGGCUUAGCAUGUCGGAGAGAAGGCAUCCGAGCCAAUAACCCUGAGCAGAACCGGCUUGCUGAAUGUGAGGACCAGGCAAAGAUGGCCAAAAAAGGCAUGUGGAGUGAGGGGAACGGCUCUCACACGAUCCGGGACCUCAAGUACACCAUCGACAAUCCUCGGCACUUUGUGGAUUCCCACCACCAGAAGCCAGUCAAUGCUAUCAUCGAGCACGUGCGAGAUGGCAGUGUGGUCAGAGCUCUGCUCCUGCCUGAGUAUUAUCUGGUCACAGUCAUGCUCUCAGGGAUCAAGUGUCCAACUUUCAGAAGAGAAUUAGAUGGUCCUGAGACACCAGAGCCAUUUGCAGCUGAGGCUAAAUUCUUCACUGAGUCCCGAUUAUUGCAGAGGGAUGUACAGAUUAUUUUGGAGAGCUCCCACAACCAGAACAUGCUGGGCACUGUCCUUCAUCCGAAUGGCAACAUCACAGAGCUUUUGCUUAAGGAAGGCUUUGCACGCUGUGUAGACUGGUCGAUUGCAGUAUACACAAGGGGUGCGGAGAAACUGAGAGCAGCUGAAAGGUUUGCCAAGGAGCGAAAAUUGAGAAUAUGGAGAGACUAUGUGGCCCCCACAGCUAAUUUGGAUCAAAAGGACAAGCAGUUUGUUGCAAAGGUGAUGCAAGUGCUCAAUGCUGAUGCCAUUGUUGUGAAACUGAACUCUGGUGACUACAAGACCAUCCACUUAUCUAGCAUCCGACCCCCAAGACUGGAGGGAGAGAGCACACAGGACAAGAACAAGAAACUUCGUCCUCUGUAUGAUAUACCUUACAUGUUUGAGGCUCGAGAGUUUCUCCGGAAAAAGCUCAUUGGGAAGAAGGUCAAUGUAACUGUGGAUUAUAUCAGACCAGCCAGUGCAGCCACUGAAACUGUGCCUGCUUUUUCAGAGCGUACCUGUGCUACUGUUACCAUAGGAGGAAUAAACAUUGCUGAGGCUCUUGUCAGCAAAGGACUGGCAACAGUGAUACGUUAUAGACAAGACGAUGACCAGAGAUCUUCCCACUAUGAUGAACUACUUGCUGCUGAGGCCAGAGCCAUUAAAAAUGGAAAAGGAUUACAUAGCAAGAAGGAAGUGCCUAUCCACCGUGUGGCAGACAUUUCUGGGGAUACCCAGAAAGCCAAGCAGUUCUUGCCUUUCCUCCAGCGAGCUGGUCGUUCUGAAGCUGUGGUAGAAUAUGUUUUUAGUGGUUCUCGCCUCAAACUCUACUUGCCAAAGGAAACCUGCCUCAUUACCUUCCUACUUGCAGGCAUCGAAUGUCCUCGUGGAGCCCGGAACCUCCCUGGAUUGGUACAGGAGAGAGAGCCCUUCAGUGAGGAAGCAACACUCUUUACCAAGGAGUUGGUGCUGCAGCGAGAGGUGGAAGUGGAGGUGGAGAGCAUGGAUAAGGCUGGGAACUUCAUCGGCUGGCUGCACGUCGACGGUGCCAACCUGUCCGUCUCCCUGGUCGAGCACGCGCUCUCCAAAGUUCACUUCACGGCUGAGCGCAGCUCCUACUACAAGUCCUUGCUGUCUGCCGAGGAAGCCGCCAAACAGAAGAAAGAGAAGGUGUGGGCCCAUUAUGAGGAGCAGCCCGUGGAAGAGGUGUCGCCGGUGCUAGAAGAAAAGGAGCGCUCCGCCAGCUACAAGCCUGUCUUUGUGACAGAGAUCACCGACGACCUGCACUUCUAUGUUCAGGAUGUGGAGACCGGUACACAACUGGAAAAGUUGAUGGAGAGCAUGAGAAAUGACAUUGCCAGCCACCCACCCGUAGAGGGAUCCUAUGCCCCUCGGCGAGGAGAAUUCUGCAUUGCCAAGUUUGUGGAUGAAGAAUGGUACCGAGCUCGGGUAGAAAAGGUGGAGUCUCCAGACAAGGUUCACGUCUUCUACAUCGACUAUGGCAAUAGAGAAAUCCUUCCAUCUAGCCGUCUGGGUACGUUACCACCCACCUUCAGCACCCGAGUGCUGCCCGCUCAAGCCACAGAGUAUGCCUUUGCCUUCAUCCAGGUGCCACAAGAUGAGGAUGCCCGCACAGAUGCUGUGGACAGCGUGGUUCGGGACAUUCAAAACACUCAGUGCCUCCUCAAUGUGGAACACAUGAGCCCUGGCUGCCCCCAUGUCACCCUUCAGUUUGCAGACUCCAAGGGUGAUGUGGGACUGGGCUUGGUUAAAGAAGGACUGGUCAUGGUGGAGGUUCGCAAGGAGAAACAGUUCCAGAAAGUGAUCACAGAGUACCUGAAUGCACAGGAGUCAGCCAAGAGUGCCAGGCUGAAUCUCUGGCGUUACGGGGACUUUCGAGCAGAUGAUGCAGAUGAAUUUGGCUACAGCCGCUAGAAAGUGUCUCUUGUCCCCAUCAGCACCGCUUACACUAAAACCUUUUC